AUGUCUCAAUGGUAUAAUAUUCCAAAGAAUGAAUCCAAUUUAUAUGAUUCGUUUAUACCCAAACUUUACGCAUUUAAUUAUCAUUUCGAUAAUGAUGUUUUUAGACGUUUAGCAUUUGCCAAUUAUCAAACACCAGAAGAAACUGAUCUUGUAGUAUUGGCAUUAUACUCAAUAACAAAGCCGAAUUUUGCCAAAAC